CCUUUCUAGCACAGCUCUGCUCAUGCGAGAGACCACUGCACCACCAGCCCUGCUUUCACAGCUCUCACUUCCUGCCACUUGAUGAAACAGCUUCACGUUUCUGCUUUUUCUGAGCGACGGGCAUCGUGUGCCCCGGCAGAGCAGUGCAUUGCCCUUGCUGCCUGGCCAGGAUCACACACACACACACCGGGAAUGCUCGGACCGAACAGGUGAACAAGGUACGCAGCGUGAGAUUCACCAUAGCCGUGUUGCAUGUCAAAGAGUAGAGUAGUGUCUGUUGAAAUGGGGAGGAGCUUUUACCAGCUCCUGUUCCUGCUGUGGGUGUUCGCUCACACCCGCAACAUGACCGCAGGCUUGGCCCUCUCCUCCGCCCGCCCCAUGACUGAGUCACCGAGGUCGACUGCCGGGGAAGACGCACAUCUUGAGCAGACGAGACCCGGUGGAUUUCACCAGAGCGCAGAACACAACCGGUCCUCCACCACAACACUGCCCACAACAGGACCCGGCUCUACCCGUCCCCAACAGCCUGGUGGACAGCCUACCAUGCAGAAAAUGGCAACAUCUGAGGUGCCGGCACAGUUCCCCACAAGGCCCAGAGAGGCGGCCUCUGCUGGGAGCAUGAGCACAGGGGCAUUACCUGGCCAGGUAACCUCGGGAGGACGGUCCAUCACGAGAAACCCAUCAUCUAAAGAAGAGGUCCAGCACGAGUCCACCCAGUCCAGGCUUGCCCAGACAGUUUUGGGAGAAUCCAGCCCGAACAUCCCUAACCAUAACGACACGGCAGCAAGCACUCAGGCAGUGCAGCUCACAACAGCAAAGCUGCCAAAAACCUUUACUCCCACAGUGCAGGCCCUCAGCCAACACGUCGCAUCCACUGCCAACCCCGCCUCAACCCACCAUCCAGGAGAUCCCCCAAGCACCAUUGCCUUCUCUAGCUCCACCAGACAAACAAGCACUGGCUCCACCAAACACACUGCAAAAACAGGCACCAUCCUGGUCACAACCUCCAUCUCAAAAACUACAAACGACUUAACUCCUACCCCUUCCCCAACCACCAAUACCACCCCUACAAGCACCAUUGCUGUGAUGUCAUCCUUUGCUCCGGCAACCAUUUCAAUAAGCACAGGCAGUACGGCCCCUGUUCCCAACCCAAAGGGGACAUCAAAACCGCCGGUGGCGACACCAUCUGGCGGAGGCUCUGGCGGAGGCUCGAACACUGGAGUGGUGGUGGCAGUCCUGCUGGGCGGAACCCUGUUGGUGAUGUUAGUAGUCAUUGGGUUCAUCAUGUACAGGAGGCGCCACUUCCGGGAGAGGCAACUAAAUGAUGGCACAUGGGCGGGCCCCUCUCCGUUUCUGGAUGGCAGCAGCGCUGUUGCCGGCGACCCCCGGCUCAUGGCGGACGAGGAGGGCGAAGACAGGCCGCAGGACUCUAAGCGGAUCUCUCUGAUGGGCUUCUUUCCCCGCGGGUUCUCUCGUCGGCUCUCACACCUGAAGGAGGUCGACGAACAGGUGCUGAUGACUGAUGUCACAGUAGGUAGCACCUUCGGCCAAGCUCAAGAGAUAGAGCUUGGCUCUACUAAUGGAAAACCACCAGACCAGAACCAAGGAUCAACCCAGGGCCAGAACCAGGGAUCAAAUAAAGACCAGGAAAACAACCAGGACCCAAACAAAGACCAGGAACAAAAUGAGAAGCAGAUUCAGACCCAAGAUGACACCACCGUCAACACAUCCGCCUCUCCCCCUGCAGUGGAGUCAUCAGCCCAGCUCCCUGCCCAGUUGGAAGACAUCAGCCAAGACCCCACCCCUCCUGAAGCUGAAGCCACACCCCCUCCUCCACAACUGGAUGAGAACAACUUGGCAUCUUUUCCCAUUCUUCCUUCUCUUGACCUACAGGAAGUUGACCUGGGUCCCCUAGUCAGUGAAACAGACAUUACGCCUCCCCCGCCGAGUGAGAUAAGCAUUGUCCCACCCCCUCCGCCACCUCUACCCUCAUAAUUAUAACCACCAUCGCCAGCAUCAGCACCUAUUCCAUCAUAACCAUCAGAGCCAGCAACAACACCAAUUCCACCAGCCCCAUAAGAGACAGCAGCAGCACCAAUGCCAUCAGCCCCAUAAGAGCCAGCAACAACACCAAUGCCAUCAGCCCCAUAAGAACCUGUAACAACACCAAUGCCAUCAGCCCCAUAAGAACCUGUAGCACCAUCAAUGCCAUCAGCCCCAUAACAACCUGUAACAUCACCAAUGCCAUCAGAACCAUCAGAGACAGCAGCAGCACCAAUGCCAUCAGCCCCAUAAGAACCUGUAGCACCAUCAAUGCCAUCAACCCCAUAAGAACCUGUAGCACCAUCAAUGCCAUCAGCAUUGGAUUUGUGUACAUAGUUACAUGAUUAUUGUAAAAAAGAUAUAGUAAAAUUGGAUUGGUGUAAAUAGCUAGCAAGCUAACUUGACACAUUGCCUGGAGAACAUUGCUUGCUUACUGUAUUGGAUUGCUUUUUAUUUAUAUUAUCUUUUACAACUUCUACGGUUGGCACAAGUACCUAAUUUCAUCUUCAUGACUUUCAGAAAGAAGCCUAAGUGAGGUGAACAAUGAAUGUCAUGUAUGUAGUCGAUGUUUGUUAAACUGGUCUUAAAUGCAUGCAACUAUGAGUAAGUUAAGUCACAACAAAAGCCUACGCAAUAAAAAUAAUCUGAAUAAAUUGGACAUGUAGUCUGUAAUAAGAAAAGUACUCCUUAAUAGGAAGACCCAUCGAUAUCAUCGAUGUAGCCUAGCUGUCUGAUGCUAUAACGUUAACAGCAGUAUAACGAUAAUUCUAGGUACCAUGUCGUGGUUAGAAGCAGUCUUAAGUUAGGCGCCUAUAUCUUUGGAUAUCAAACUACAAAGCAUAUGCUGAUGUUAGGCUAUAUUUAACAAAUAAAUGUCUAUUUUCCCCUAAACACAUGAAGUCUCUGACUAAUUUAGUAACCUUAUGCAUAAAAUGGCUUUAAGACAUUGCAACACAUAACAAUCCAUACUUUAACCUAGCUAAAGUUAUCUGUUAACAUUAAGUUACCUAAAUCUACUAAUUAGGCGGACAUUAAUGAGCUAACAUGAUUUAAGCCACAUUGUUAAUUUAAUGCAAAUGUGAUAAUAAAAUAAGUAUCAAAAUA